AUGGUCGAUAGUGGUGUCCCCCAGGGUUCAGUUCUGGGACCCAUUUUAUUCCUUAUCUACGUGGACGAUGCCGCAAAAGAUUUAGACUGUGAAGUAGCAAUGUUUGCGGAUGGCAUGAAGAUAUGGAGUGUAAUUCGGGGUCCUGCCGAUAAAGACAGACUGCAGAUGAACCUGAAUCGGUUGGAGGAGUGGUCAAACCGUCGGCUCCUGCGGUUCAACGUUGCCAAAUGUAGCAUACUUCGCCUAGGCAACACAGCCAGAUCUGCCAGCACAAGAGGCUACUUUCUGGGCGGUGCAGCCCUACAAGAGGUCGAAGCCCAAAGGGACCUCGGUGUGCUUACGACGAGUUCCCUAAAACCCUCCGCCCACUGUUCGAGGGUGGCAAAAAGCGCAAUGUCCGUACUGUACGCCAUCAAGCGUGCGUUUAUGGACUUUGACGAAGAAGCUUUCUCUAAGACAUUCGGGACAUUCGCCCGGCCGCAUUUAGAGUAUGGCAUACAAGCUUGGAGGCCGUGGGCUGUUGAGGAUCAAAACUGCCUCGAAAGAGUCCAGAGGAGAGCCGCGAAGAUGGUUAGGGGUCAAAGCUCCUUUCCUUAUGCAACCCGCCUAGUAAAUCUGAACCUCUUUCCUUUGAGGUACAGGCAACUUCGCGGAGAUCUCUUGCAAGCCUUCCGCAUUGUAAAGGGAUUGGAUUGCAGUCUGGUCUUCGAGGACUUUUUUGAAUUUGCUACCACGACCAACCUCCGAGGUCACCCGUUAAAACUGCGCACUCAGCAGGCACGGCUGGAUGUGCGGAAGUUCUCCUUCUCGGUUCGGGUGGUCAAACCAUGGAAUGAGCUUCCCGCAGAUGUUGUGAUGUCACCAUCUAUACAAAGUUUUAAGAAGAAUCUGGACAUAUUUAUGUUCCGAAAUGACCAAGAGCGAUGA